AUGGCGCCCCCAACUGAAAGCAAUUCUCACUCUGCCGGACAAAAUGGCAAGCAGCGCAUGUACCUCAGUGACGCCGCUCAGGAUCUGUUUAGCCAGGCAGGGCGAAUCAUCCCCGACUUGCGGACGAUCCAAGAACUCGGUCAGACAACCUUUAACGGAGGUCUGGUUGAUGACCGAAAAUAUCUGAUCGAGAAUAUUAUCCAGGUCACGGCCUCCCUGCCAAAUACAUCUGGAUUGCGAGAGAAGAUUACGGACGCGUUUGUCAGCACUCUAUGGGACAACCUCCAGCAUCCUCCUCUAUCUUAUCUCGGGGAUCAAUUCAGGUAUCGGACUGCAGAUGGGAGCUAUAACAAUAUCAUGUACCCCCAUCUCGGGGCAUCUGGAAGCCAUUAUGCCCGGACCGUCACCCCUAAGCAUCCGAGGCCUGCCGUGCUUCCUGAUCCGUCAUAUAUAUUUGACACCCUACUGGCACGCGGCGGUCCUGCAAGGGAACACCCAAGCAAGAUAUCCAGCAAUCUCUUCUACCUAGCGACAGUGAUCAUCCACGACCUCUUCCACACGGAUGAACGAGACAGCACCAAAGUAAAGAACUCUUCCUAUCUCGACCUCGGGCCCCUGUAUGGCCAUGACCAAGAGCAGCAAAACAAGGUUAGGACCUUCACAGACGGUCUGUUAAAACCCGACACAUUUGCAGAAAAACGACUCCUCACGCAGCCGCCGGGUGUUUGCGCACUUCUAGUUGCAUUCAAUAGAUUCCACAACUGGGUCGUGGGGGAACUGGCGUACAUUAACGAAGGUGGAAGAUUCAGUUUGCCUGCUGGGAUGAAGCAGGAGGAUCCACGGUACAACGGCGCUCUGGCUAAGAGAGAUAAUGAUUUGUUCCAGACGGGGAGACUGAUAACAUGCGGCCUAUAUGUCAACAUCAUCCUGAACGACUACCUCCGCACAAUCCUCAACCUCAAUGAGAAUUCCAGCCAUUCAGACUGGACACUCGACCCUAGAAAGAGUCUGGAAGUGUUCGACAAAGGCGGCAUUCCUCGGGGAGUCGGAAACCAAGUUAGUGCCGAGUUCAACAUGAUUUACCGCUGGCACGCGGCCAUCAGUAAUCAGGAUGAGGCAUGGGCGAACAGUCUCUGUCAAAGGGUCUUUGGACCAGAUAUUGAUGGCAGCACAUUAUCGGUAAAUCAGUUUCUCGAUGGAUUACGAAAAUACUUCGAGGACAAUGUACCGGGCGAACCUGCAACGUGGACCUUUGGAGGGCUGGAACGGCAGCAGGAUGGACGCUUCACCGAUAGUGAGCUUGUUCAUCUCAUAGCAGAUGGGUGCGAGAACGUCGCUGGUAAACGCAGCUAUCGUUGGUUUAGCAUAGCAUUGACGUUUCCAGGGGCAUUCGGUGCCAGGAACAUUCCCAAGGUAAUGAAAGCCAUUGAGAUGCUCGGGAUUGAACAAGGACGGCAAUGGCAGCUGGCUACUCUGAAUGAGUUCAGAACGUUUUUCAAACUAAAGCCGUAUUCAACCUUCCUGGAGGUCAACUCGAAGCCAGCUAUUGCGGAAGCACUGGACGCACUAUACGGUCACCCUGAUAAUAUAGAGCUAUACGUUGGCAUACAGGCUGAAGAAGCCAAAGAGCCCUUCUAUCCAGGCUCAGGGCUGUGUCCUGGGUUCACCAUCUCUGCGGCUAUCCUAUCUGAUGCAGUUGCCCUCGUUCGCGGAGAUCGAUUCUACACUGUCGACUAUAGUCCAGCCAGCCUGACCAAUUUUGGCUUCAAUGCCGCGAGCUCCGACUUUGAUGUUGCUGGUGGGGGUGUGAUGUACAAGUUGCUGAUGAGAGCCUUCCCUGGAUGGUACCAACCAAACAGCGUCUAUGCGCUUUAUCCAUUUGUGACACCAAACAAGUCUCGCGAGAUUAUGGACAAAUAUAUGAGAUUCAAAGACCUGAAUUUCGAUCGACCGUCAUACACUCCGCUGCCUGUGCCGGUCACAACCUGGGAAGGUGCCACAAAGGUCUUGGAGGACCAGAAGCGGUUCCAUGUUCCUUGGGGAGCACAUACAUUCCAGAUUACCGGGCAUGAUUACAUGCUGAGCGGGGAUACUGCAGCGAAUGCAGAGCAAAGGCGGUUCGUCAACGAGUGUCUCUACGAACGAAAGUCUGUACUUGAGGACGUGCGAAAGCUAUACGAGUCCAUCACGACAGACCUGCUUCAUGAGAAAAGCUUCCAGUUCCGGGACUGUUACCAUGUUGACAUUGUGCGAGACGUUGGGAACCUAGCACACGCACAUUUCUGCUCGCAGUUUUUCAGCAUUCCGCUCGAGGACAACAAGGACCCCUUACCUGACGCUUAUACACCCAGAGAGCUCUCCGAUGCGCUUUCCUUGUUGUUCGGCUAUGUCUUCCUAGAUCUUGAGCCCACGGAUUCUCUCAGGAACAGGAUCGCAGCAGCAGCGGAGGCGCAGAGAAUGGGCACUAUCAUGGCUAAGUCAGUCUCCAACGCCGGAGAUAGCGUCGUCAGACGUUUCAUGCAGGCUCUUGGGAGGAGCGAGGCCGGACCAGGGAGCUAUGGCCAGCAACUUGUCAACCGAUUACUGAGAGAGGGCAAGAGUGUCGAUGAAGUCGUCUGGACCAUAAUUCCAACCGCAGCCGCGGCGUGCGCGACUCAGGCACAGGGAUGGGCACAAAUGCUCGACCUCUAUUUGUCGGACAAAUACGCCUCGCACUGGCGAGAUAUACAAAAGCUCGCACGCUCCACUGAUCCUAGAGCGUUCGAAAAGUUGAAGAAAUAUGCUCUAGAGGGGUACGAUCUCACGAUUGAGUCUUUGGCUUGUGCUGAUAUGUACAGAUUCCGCCUGUCUACUCCGGCUUUUGGUGUCCUCCGGACAGCAGUCAACGCAGUCACAAUCAAGGAUGGAAACGCCUCUACAACCGUCCACAAAGGGGAUAGCCUUUUCGUAGACUUUAUUACUGCAGGUCGCGAUCCGGUCAAGUUUCCCGACCCUGACGAGAUCCGACUCGACCGUCCGGCGGAAAUCUACAUCCACCAUGGCUGGGGUCCACAUGCGUGCCUUGGAAGGGCAAUUGUCACCACAGCUGGUGCAGCCCUCUUGCGUGUCCUCGGUCGGCUCGAAAAUAUCCGACGAGCUCCCGGACCCGCCGGAGAGAUGAAGAGCAAGAUGGUGAAUGGUGCGUUUAAGCUGUACUUGCGCGAAGAUGGAUCUGCCUGGACUCCGUUCCCUCAAAAUAUGAAAGUUGUAUUCGAUUGCUUCAAGAAGCACUGGCACCAGUCGAACCUAACCGCGCUGGCAGACACGUUUGGCCGGCAGAUCGUGGGGUUCCACAACCCAACCAAAGGCCUUAUCCUCGACAUCGUCGAAUGCCUUAUCCAGCGUGAUCUCGACUACAAAACAGCUGAUAUCCGACAAGGACGCGCCCAGCUGCGUGCUGCGCUCGCCGCAUCCACCACGAAGAAAGUCGUGCUCAUCGUCCACUCGCAAGGCGGGAUUGUGGCGUCGUCGAUUAUUGACUGGUUGUAUGGCGAGUUAAGCGAAUCCCAUAUGCAGAAAUUAGAGAUAUACACCUUCGGCAACGCAGCGAGACAGUUCCGCAAUCCGCCUCUGCACGAGCCGCAGGACAACCAGCCGGUUGGAAACAGGCCCCGGAGACAGAUCCAAGGAGAGCGAGCAAUCCGGCAUAUCGAACACUACGCAAACAAGCGGGACUUCGUGGCUAACAUCGGGGUCCUGCAGUUCGCAGCGCCCGCGGGCGCAUAUUCAAAUGCGAGCGUGUUUUCUGGGACCGUCUUUGUCCGAGAGGGGUCGGGGCAUUUGUUUAAUAUACAUUAUUUGGAUCCGAUGUUUGGGGAGGACAGUUCCUUUAUGGAGGGUAUGGUCUAUGUGCGGCCUGGCGAUGGGCCGGGGAAGACUGUCUCGAUGCGAAUCAGGGAACUGUCCAGACUGUACAAGUAUAGGAAUGGGAAGAGUCCAGAGGAUCAGGAUGCUACGUGA